GUACGCGUCUAUGUGGACGGUUGGGGUGAAUGGAGCGAUCCGCUCUGGUACGAACUAGGUCGCGGAAUUGUGCAGCAACAUAAAGGAUCGGAAACAACUUUCCUGGGAGCCCUUCCCGGCUGGGUAGUACUGACGGCGAUGAUGCUUUUCGUCAUUGUUCUUGGAUUUCUCAUCGUAUUAUGUCGUCGAAAGCCACACAAUCGAAAACAAAUGAGCGAUCUGGACGUGUUGGAUACAUAUAAGCAGGUUAAUGCUCCUUUGAUACCAUCCUAUGGAGGAAGCUCCGUUUCUCAACCUCCUCCUUAUUAUGGUAGUGGUGUGACGGGCACGACAAUGGCAUUCAAACCGUACGUGGAUCCUACUGCCUACGAAGAUCCAAACCAGGCGCUUGUAGAGUUCACGUUUGACAUUGAUCCCGCUGCAGUAUUUAUCACUGAGGUGAUAGGAGGUGGAGAAUUUGGUGAUGUUUGCAAAGGAGGCUUGAAAAGGAAUUUGAUAAGUGGCGGGAUUGCCAACAGUAUCUUUGACAACGAAGUGAGUAUCAUGUGUCUACAGGGGAUCCCAGUCUACGUGUCAAGGUCGUUCCGCGCGGCUCUGGUCCGCGAGCCGCCUCGCUAGC